AGCAGGCUCAUCGCAGAAGAGCCUGAUGUGGGGCUCGAUCCCACAACGCCGGGAUCACGCCCUGAGCUGAAGGCAGACGCUUAACCGCUGUGCCACCCAGGCGCCCCUGAGGUGGAGUCUUUGAACUGACAGGUGGUUUAAUGGGGAGUAUACAGAUAUGUUUUGUACCUUCUCCCAGAUCCCCUUGUGUUCUUGAUGUCCCUAAUUGUCCACGGGUGAGACAUUCUUUCCCGUGAUACACCCACAAGAGGUACUGACAUGAACCUGUUUGUAUAUUUAGAGACGAGCACGGAAAAAUAGCUGAAAGGAGAUCCAUUAUGUUGACAGUAGGUAUUUUGUGCUACUGAGAUUAUGGUAUUUAUUUAUUUAUAUUCCUAUUUUUUUAAAGAAUUUUCUAUGAGUAUGACUUAUAUGGAGUAUGACAUAUAAUAAAGGAAAGUUUUCAAGUACUGUACAGACACCAGUUUACAAGCACUUUAAUUAUUUUUAAAGUUUUUGUUUAAAUUUCAGUUGUUAAUAUACAGUGUAAAAUUAGUUUCAGGUGUGCAAUAUAGUGACUCAGCAUUUCCAUCCUUCACCCAUCUCCCCGCCCAUCUCCCCUCUGGUAACCAUGAGUUUGUUCUCUAUAGUUAAGAGUCUGUUUCUUGGUUUGUCUCUCUCUUGCUGUUUCCCCCUAUGCUCAUUUGUUUCUCUACUUCUAUGUGAGUGAAAUCGUGUGGUAUCUGUCUUUCUCUGACUUAUUCCGUACAAGCACUUUUAAAGGGAAGUCACAUGGCUAGACGCAAUCUGGAAGUCAGAAGAUCUAGCUUAAACUUGCUUACCUUAACUUCUUACCCUUAACAUCUAAACUUAGUGCCUCCCUUUGCAAAAUUUUGGGACUAAUAUUACACGGAAGCUAAAAUGUUGUAGUUUAAGUAAGAGAGGGCUUUUGAUUCAAAUCAAUUAUACAUAGGAUUCCUUAGGUAGUCAUCUCUCCGAGACCCAUUCUUCUGCAGCCCCCCCAAUGUACAAAGUAGAUUCUAAUUGGACUGAGUUUUUUCAGAUAAUCCCAUCUGUCUCACCCCUGUUCUCUUGUCUCCUGACCUGGGUCAAAUUCUCUAACUUCCAUUUUAUGAAUUUUGUCUAGUGGCCCUUUAGUUAUCUACCAUUGUGAAUUCUAAUUACACAUAAUCCUAACAUUUUCAUUUGGUGCUUGGAGGCUAUCUUAAGGAGUCUGAGAUUUUUCUGCCACUUUUCCUGCUGCUGAAGGAGAAAAGCAAAAACACAAACUUAACUCUACCGGGGUAUUGUAUGCAGCACCCCUCUAUGGGAUCACAGCCAACACUCAACAAACACACCUUAUGAGAGAGAAUACACUACACAAUACAACUUUCUAAACACAACUUGGAAAUGAAUUAAUUCCCAUACAAAAGACUUCUUUGCCAGCAACACAUUCAAGGGCUCCUUUUAAAAAGCAAACUUCCAUGGCAAGUAAGUAAAGACUCAUAGGCCUCUGUGGAUCUUUUAUGAUCAACUUGACCAAUAAACUGAGACAUGAAGUGUCCGUUUCAAGGGCACGAUAACAUGGUUGCUUUCACACCAUGUUUUCAUCCAGUGGCAGCCACAGGGCUGUAAUAAAGAAUGAGGAUGUUCUAUACGAGCUGGAAUGGAGAGAUCUUUGGAACAGAGAGUUGAGGUUAGAAAGAAAGAUGCAAGCUGAUCGAGGUUAGUCCCCUACACGUAGAGCGAGCGGACAAUUGUGGCGGAAUCCGAGGCGCACAGCACCAGCUGUGAAGCACUCUUGCCAAAAAGUCAGACUGAAUCCAACCAAAGCUCUAGAGCUAAGUUUCAUUUAUAGGAAACACACAGAAAAGAGGAAUAAUUUGAAUGACACCACAAGGAAGUGGGCAAACUCAGAACGUGGAACAUUCUCCAAAACAACUGGUUUGUACAACCUGUCAGUGGCGGGGUGGAUGGAGGGAAGAUUGUCCUGGAUGAAGAUACUUAAGAGACCUAACAACCGAAUGCAAUGUAGGGACUUUGUCUGGGUCUGGAUAUAAAUAAACAUAUGCUAGGGUAUUUUUGAGAUAAUCAGGGGUAAUCUGAUUAUGGACUGAAGAAUUAGGUGCUAAGACAUCAUUAUGAAUUUGGUCAUGUGUGAUAAUGGUAUUGUGGUUAUGCAGCGGAAUGUCCACUUUUUUCUUUUUUAAAGAUUUUAUUUAUUUAUUUGACAGAGCGCGAGAAUGAGAGAGCGCAGGGAGCCUGACAUAGGGCUCGAUCCCAGGACCCUGGGAUUAUGACCUGAGCUGAAGGCAGAUGCUUAACCAACUGAAGAGCCCAGGAACCCCCAGAAUGUCCACUUUCAAGAACCAAAUGCACACUGAAGUCUGUAAGGAAUCCAUGGUUUCACCUCUUCCCUUUGACUGCGUCCUGCUGGGUCUGCUACUACUCACAGGGUCUUUGGAAGGGGUAUACGUAGCUGAAGUGGGUCAGAAUGCUGAUCUGCCCUGCGUCUACUCUCCAACCACUUCUGAAGCUCUUGUGCCCGUCUGCUGGGGCAGGGGAUCCUGUCCUGUGUUCGAAUGUCAUAGUAUGGUGCUCAGCACAGAUGGAAGGAGCUUGAAAUAUCAGACCUCCAACAGAUACCAGUUAAAGAGGAAUAUCCACAAGGGAGAUGUGUCCUUGACUAUAGAGAACGUGACUCUAGCCGACGGUGGGACCUAUUGUUGCCGGAUCCAAUUCCCAGGCAUAAUGAAUGAUAAAAAAUUAAACCUGGAGUUGGUCAUCAAACCAGCCAAGGUCACCUCUGCUCCGACGCCACGGAGAGACUCCACUGCAGCCUUUCCGUGGAUCCUCACCACCAAGGGACAUGGCGCAGAGACACAGACACUGGAGGCUCUCCAUGAUAAACAACAAACUCAAAUACCCACAUUGGCUAAUGAGUUACAAGACGCUGGUGCGACCACCAGAAUAGGCGUCUACAUCGGAGCAGGGGUCUCUGCUGGACUGGCUCUCCUUCUUAUCAUCGGUGCUUUAAUUCUCACAUGGUAUUCUUAUAGCAAAGAGAAGUUACAGAAUUCAAGCCUCGUCAGUUUGGCCAAGCCCCCUCCCUCGGGGUUAGCAAACACAGGAGCAGAAGGAAUGCGCUCGCAGGAAAACAUCUAUAUCAUUGAGGAGAACAUAUAUGAAAUGGAAGAUCCGUAUGAAUACUACUGCUAUGUCAACAAUGGGCAGCAAUCCUGACAGCCUAGAGGUUUAACCCUUUAAAUCCCACUACGUCAUUUUUGAGCAUGGUAUCAUCUUCGAAAACUAUGAAAUGCGUAAGCUAACUGGCUUUAGAGGCUCUGUCCACACCACCAAGCAGAGUUUUUACAUUUUCUGAAGAUAAUGAGCUCCCAUAGGGAGGGAACUGUGACCUGCACUGUAGUUAGGCUCAACAUUACCUCUGUGUUUCAGCCACCGGGUGUACCCAACUCAGAGACUGCUAAUCGGGGCUUUAGAGCUCAAAUGGGCUUUUAUAGAGAGUAGGAAUUCUUAAUAUGCAGUCCCUGAAAUGCCAGGAAAUCAGUCAUAUGAUGGAUCCACAAAGCUCCUGAAAAUAAAGGGAAAAUUAUGUGCUGAGGUACGUGCAUGUCUUUUUGGGACAGAAAGUUGAAAGGGGCCACUGAUUUUCAAAAGAUCUGUGACCUAUGAAAAGGUAAGAAGCUACUGCAGGAGGAGAUGGUCUCGACUGUUCUAGAAGACUUAUGCUUCUCUGAGUAUUGAUUCUUUAACAGUAAGUGCCACUGCAGAGCUCUCCUUUGCCAGUUAGGCAGACUGCGUGGCAGGUCUCGUGGUGUGGCAGGAGCUCCCAGAGAAGAAGGAAGUGUGCACUGAGUGUGUUGCCAAGUUUUGCCUGGGGCACACUCAAUGGGAAAGAUCUCCCAGCAACUUCUCCAUUCAUGGAGAGAAGUGGAGCUCUGUUUUUCAUAGAAGAAGAAGAAGCAGUGAGUGGGACACAAAUUCUGGUGGAAAGAAGGCAAAGGGCUCCAGCAGUCUAUAUUUAUCAGCAUCAAGUCCUUUGACGGAAAGACUGUGGUCCCUAAGCUUCAAUUUCCAGGUGGUGGUGACUUGGUUUGUCUUGUUAAUGUGUUGCCUGCCCAGUGCCUGACAGAGCUCUCACACAUCACAGAAAUUCACUAAAUAUCUUUGGAGUAAAAAAAACAGAAGAAAGGUAGCCUUCUGGAGAGUCAUUUCCAUUGCAGAUCUUAGAUAGAGCACUUGUCAGAGAACUCACAGAUACUCCUAAGCUCCCGUAUCUGCUCUUACCUAGUUCAAAGUGGUGUUGGUUUCUUAGCAUCAUCUCCCAGCUCAGGUCUUUGGAAUUCUGUUACUCUCUGUGUCCCUCUUUUUUUCUUUUCUAUUAUUUUCUUUUCUUUUCUUUUUUCUUUUCUUUUCUCUUUUCUUUUUUCUUUUCCUUUCCUUUCCUUUCUUUUCUUCUUUUCUCUUCUUUUCCUUUCU